AUGGCAGGCAAGACACGCACGACGCAGGCCCACGGCCCGCGCGCAGCCUCGAAGCCGUUCAAGGCGCCCUCUGCCUCUCAACCUCCUCGACGCACAGCCUCAACAACUCAGUCGUCGAAGCCUGCACCGGCGGGAGGGAAGAAGCGCACGAGGGAAGAGCGCGAGGACGAGCCGGAGAAGGCGGUCGUCACGCAGAGCUCGCUGUCGUUGUUGAACCAGCCGGACGAGAUUGAUUUCCCGCGAGGAGGAGGGACGGGGUUGACGCAGCGCGAGGUCAGGGAGGCGCAGCUCGAGGGCGAGGCAGAAGCUAUGGGCGACGGGAGUGACGAGGACCGUGAACGACAGAAGGAGACCGAGGUGAUCAAGGACAAGGGCAAGGCGAAGCGGCGGAAACUCGAGCGCGCGCUCAAGGGCGAGGUCAAGGCGAAAAACCAGAUCCCGAAGGAUGCGUUCCGCGUCGAGCACCUCAACUACAAGCGCCUGAUCCCCGGAACCAAGGUCUUGUGCCAGGUUGUCCAAGUCCGCCCGCUCGAAGUGAUUGUCUCGCUCCCGAACCAGCUCCUCGGCCAUAUUCCCAUCACCAACAUCUCUUCCGAGUUUACCGCGCGACUGGAGAAGGCCGGCGAGGAAGACUCGGACGAGGAGGAGGAAGAGGAGGAGAGCGACGAGGAGGACGAAGUUGCGGCGGACAAGGGACUGCCAGGUUUGCCUGCGCUCUUCCAUACUGGCCAGUACCUCAUCGCCCCCCCCCCCCCCCCCGCCGUAUCCGACCCUACGAAACUCAAACUCGCCGGCCGCGAAGGGGACGAGACGGUCCGUUCAUCUCGGCGCGUCGAGCUCUCGGUCGAACCGGAGAAGGUCAACGAGGGAAUCGCCAAGGGCGACUUGAAGCGCGGGUUUGUCCUCCCGGCUGCGGUGCACGAUGUCGAGGAGAAGGGGUACACCCUAUCGUUCGGCCUUCCGCCGCUCUCGGCGUUCCUUCCCUUUGCCGACGCGAAGAAACUCGUGCCGAAGGGUUUGCACGUCGGACAGAUUGUCGUUUGCCGCCUGACCAAGAUUCACUCGAACGAGCGCACUGUCUCGGUCGCGGUCGAAUGGGCCGACAUCGCCUCCACGACCCUCGACUCGGUCUCGAGCAUCACCUCCCUCCUUCCCCUCCAACUCGUCCCCGCACUCGUCACAGCCGUCAUGCCCCAAGGCCUGAACGUCAAGUUCCACGGCUACUACGACGGCACGAUCGACCGCUUCCACCUCCCCGUCUCUGCGGGCGAGGACAUCGCCCAGCACUACAAGGAGGGCCAGAAAGUCAAGGGACGGAUCUUGUGGGAUUCGAUCAGCCAGACGCCGAAGAAGUUUGCGUUGUCGAUGCGCGACGAGGUCGUUAGGCUUGAUGAGUCCCGGUUGAAGGGGUUGCAGAACGAGUGGGUCGUCGGGAGGAAGUGUCAGGCGAAGAUUGUGGCGGUCGAUGACGAGUGGGGAUUGACGUGCGAGAUCGUCGGCGACGAGCCUGUCCCGGCGUUCGUUCACAUUUCCCGCAUCACCGACGACCACCUCUCGACAAUUCCCAAAGCCGGCCCCUGGCAAAUCGGUACCGUCCACUCCGCCCGGGUCAUCUCCCUCUCUCCUCUCGAUUCCCUCGUUCAGCUCUCCCUCCAGCCCUCCAUCCUCUCGCAGUCCUUCCUCCGCGUCCAAGACGUCCGAGUAGGCGAGGAAGUCAAGGGUACCGUCAAGGUCCUGAGGGACAAUGCGCUGUUCGUCAGUAUUGGUGGGAGCGUCGAUGGGGUUGUCUGGCCGUUGCAUUAUGCGGACAUCAGGCUCAAGCACCCGGAGAAGAAGUUCAAGCCUGGCCAGGCGGUCAAGGCGAGGAUCUUCUCAGUCGACCCGGAGAAGAACCGCGUCGUCCUCACGCUCAAGAAGCAGCUCCUCCAAACCCCUCACCCGCUCGUCACCACCCUCGCGGAAGCCAAGCCCGGCCUCGUCACCGACGCGACCGUCACCAAAGUCCUCGACAAGAGCGUCCUCGUCGACUUCUUCGGCGGCGUCCGCGCGCUCAUCCCUGCUGCGGAGGCUGCAGAGGCGUUCACGGACGUUGCGGACCUCGGCAGGAUGUUCCCGCUUGGAAAGGUCGUCACGGUGAGGAUUCUCUCGGUCGACCAGGCGAGCGGUCGGAUCGUUGCUUCGGCGCGUCAGGCCUCUGCGCCUGCCGCUUCGACGUCGUCUUCCUCAGCCAUUGAGUCGAUCGAUGUUGGCACCCUCACGACCGGCACCAUCUCCGCCCUUCACGAGACCAACCUCGUCCUCUCGCUCGCCGAAGGCGGCAUCAAGGCGCUCCUCGCCUACCCGACUCUGGCUCGCCACCGCGGCGUCUCGGUCGAGACGCUCAAGAGCGACCUCGCGAAGGGCCAGAAGCUCGAGGACCUCGUCGUCGUGUCGAAGAACGUUGACAAGGGCUUCGUCAUCGUUGGUCUCGUCCCGUCCAAGUCGGCUGCCGCUGCCGCCGCCGCCUCCUCGUCUGCUGCCUCGACAUCGCAGCCGCAGCUCACGUUCGACCGCCUCGAGGUUGGCGCGCUCUACCCCGGCCGCGUCACUUCCCGCCUCUCGUCUGGCGUCGUACUCGUCCAGCUCGCUGGCUCCCGCAACGCCUCUCUUCGCGGCCGCGUCGCCCUCACCGAGCUCUCGGACGACUACAGCCUCGUCAACGAGAAGGGUGAGGCGCUCUUCCCCGUCGGUACGAACGUCCAGGCCGUCGUUCUCGCCAAGGACGACGAGCAGCGACGACUCGACCUCUCGCUUCGCGCCUCGCGCGUCCUCAGCGCGCAAGACAAGCCUCUCGCCUCGCCUCCCGCCGACGCACCCAUCACCUCCGUCGACGAGCUCAAGCCCGGUUCGAAGGUUCGCGGGUUCGUCAAGAACGUCGCGAAUGCCGGUGUCUUUGUCGAGCUUGGGAGGGACAUCACGGCGCGCGUGUUGAUCAAGGAGCUGUUUGAUGAGUAUGUCAAGGAGUGGAAGCCGAGGUUCAAGGUUGGGCAGCUUGUCGAGGGCAAGAUCCUUUCUGUCGACAAGGUCUCGUCGCAGAUAGAGAUGUCGUUCCGCUCCUCCGCUGUCGUCAAGAAGGACGCUUCCGCUCCCACUUCCAUCUCUCUCGUCGACGCCAACCUCUCGAAGGGCCAAGUCGUCCGCGGUACGAUCAAGCGCAUUCAGGACUACGGCGUCUUCAUCCGUCUCGACGAGUCGGGCGUCGAAGGUCUCUGCCACAAGAGCAAGAUCGUCGACGACGAGAAGCGGUCGUGGAAGGAGAUCGUGCGCGAGGGGCAGAAGGUCAAGGCUGUGGUAUUGAGCGUCGACCUCGAGAAGAAGAAGCUCUCGCUCGGGCUGAAGAAGUCGCUCUUCCCCGAGGGCGAGGCAUCGGAGGACGAGGACGAGGACGACAAGAUGGUCGGGGAGGAGCUCGAUGACGAGGAAGAGAUGGUCAGUGCAGGCGAGGACGACGAGGAUGAGGACGAAGAGGAAAUUGCGGAUGGCGAUAGUGAGGGCGAGAGCGUGGAUCUCCAGGCCAUGCUCGCGCAGGCGCAGGCAGGCGGUUCUGACGAGGAGGAUGACGACGAGGAGAUGAGCGAGGCGGAGGCGCCGGUCGCUUCCACAAGCAAGCUUCCCGCAACAAAGGCUGCUCCUGCGCUUGCUGUCAAGGCGGGCUUCUCGUGGGGCGACGACGACGAGGAUGCGGCAAUGGACGCGGCCGACAAGGAGAGCGAUGAGGAGGAGGAUGAGGAGGAGGCGCCGAAGCCGUCCGCGACUGCUGCCGGCAAGAAGCCUGCGAACGGCCUGACCGCCCUCGACGACCGAACAGGCGACCUCGACACCCAGGCGCCUACCUCAGUCGCCGACUUUGAGCGUCUCCUGCUCGGCUCGCCCAACUCGUCGUACCUCUGGAUCCAGUACAUCGCCUUCUUCGUCGGCCUCUCGCAGCUCGACAAGGCGCGCGAGAUUGGCCAGCGGGCGCUCAGGACGAUCAACUUCCGCGAGGAGGGCGAGAAGCUGAACGUCUGGGUCGCGUUGCUAAACUUGGAGAACUCGUACGGCGACGAGACGACGCUCGAAACGCUGUUCAAGGAGGCGGCGCAGCGAAACGACGCCAAGACCGUCCACCUUCGCAUGAUCGACAUCUACGAGCGGACCGGCAAGUACGAGGCGGAGGAAGAGCUCUUCAAGAAGACGGUCAAGAAGUUCUCGCACAGCUCGAAGGUCUGGACGCUGUUCGCGCAGUUUUACCUCACGCACGGCCGACCAGCCGAGGCGCGAGAACUGCUUCCUCGGAGUCUGAAGAGUCUCGAGAAGCGCAAGCACGUCAAGACGAUCACCAAGUUUGCGCAGCUCGAGUUCAAGAUGGGCGACGCCGAGCGAGGGCGAACAAUCUUUGAGGGCAUCGUCGACUCGUACCCCAAGCGACUCGACCUGUGGUUCGUCUACGUCGACAUGGAGAUCAAGCAGCGGAACGUCGUCGGCGUUCGGGCGCUCUUCGACCGCAUCUUGGCGCAGCGCCUUUCCAGCAAGAAGGGCAAGUCGGUGUUCAAGAAGUGGCUGUCGUUCGAGAAGGACUUCGGUGACGAGGACGGUGUUGAGGCGGUCAAGGAGCGUGCUGUCGCGUUCGUGCAGAGUCGGCAAGGCGGAGGGGAGGAGGACGGCGAUGAGGAGUAG